GGUCAGCCAGACAACUAUCAGGCAUCAGCUGAUCCUACUAGAGGGUGGUUGAGGGAUCCUCGUAAACUGUGACAAGACUCUUCAACUCUUCAGCUCUUCAACUCUUAAGCUCAUCAACUCUUCAACUCUUAAGCUCUUUAACCCUUGAGCUCAUCCACUCUUAAGCUCUUCAAUUAUUCAACUCCAACUCCAGCUCUUUUUAACUCGAGCUCUUCCACUCUUAAGCUCUUCAACUCUUUAGAUCUUUAACUAUUGAGCUCUUCCACUCUUAAGCUCUUUAAUUCAACUCUUCAGCUCUUCAGCUCUUUUAACUCUUCAACUCUUCAGCUCUUUUAACUUCAACUCUUCAGCUCUUCAACUCUUCAGCUCUUCAAUUAUUCAUCUCUUCAGCUGUGACAAGACUCUUCAACACUCCUCCCACUGGGUGACCAAGUACCCCAACACAGCGGCCGUCCACCACCCACCCAAGGAGCACAGUUUAAGAUUCUUGGCCUUACCUGUGCCUUCCAGAGAAAGGCGGCCAGACUCCUUGUCCUUGUCGCUGACCCCACCUCCUUCCCAUCAGGACCACUAGGAAUCCUGUGACUAUGCCCGCCAGAGUGGUCAUGUCCAAAAUCUUCCGCCAUGGCUCCCUCCUGGCUGCUCUGGGUGCUGCCGCUGGGACCGGCUGGUGGGUGGGCUCCAGCAGGCCCCAGGAGGCUGAUGGACUGGUCAGUACGGUGUUCGGAAGGGUCUCGGCAGCGGCCCUGCAGGGGUACAGCAUGCAGGCCCCGGCGGAGUUGACCCAGCAGGACCCCAGCGCCCCCAGGGUGACCCAGAUAAUGCGGUAUGGCUUUCCUGGGCUGACCAACGUGAGGGCCAGGGAUGACUAUGUUAUAUCCUACGACGCAAGGACGCGGGUGCCCUACUGGGUCUGUGAGCACUUGACAGCCGAUCGUAUAGCAAAGAACCCUGAAGUGGACCGAGCCAAGUGUGACUUCCAUGAGGAUUUGUCCAUACAUGAGUACUUCAGGUCUGAAAACCGUGACUACAAGGGCAGUGGCUUUGACCGAGGACACAUGGCAGCAGCAGGCAACCACAAGCUGUCUCAGAAAGACUGUCAUGAAACCUUCCUGUUGUCCAACAUGGCUCCCCAGGUAGGGAAGGGGUUCAACAGAGACAAGUGGAAUGAGUUGGAGUCGUAUUGCAGGAAGCUCGCCCGUAACAAUGCUAAUGUUUAUGUGUGCACCGGCCCGCUGUACCUGCCCAGGGAGGAGGAGGAUGGGAAGCUGUAUGUCAAGUAUCAAGUCUUGGGCCAAAACCACGUAGCUGUCCCAACACACUUCUUCAAGGUUGUGGUUAGUGAGACCCAUACAGGUGACCUAGAGCUGGAGACCUUCAUGCUUCCCAAUGCCGUGAUAAAUGACAGCACGCCCCUCUCCACCUUCCUUGUCCCGACGGAGGUGGUGGAGCGAGCGUCAGGUCUCCUCUUCUUUGACAAAUUAAGCAAAAAGAGUUUCAAGAAGAUCAAUGGCAAGAAGAUGGGCUGGCUCUAAAGUGGAUGCUCUUCUAUUUACAUGCAAAUUUCUCUUUUUACUUUUUUUGUCCAGGUAGCGGCAAGGUCCCCCAAAAAUGUCAAAGAAUUUUCCAGAAGCCACAUACUGUAGUGUGAGGUGCUUUUAUGUGACAGUAUGCACAACUACAUGUGUAUAAAUAUUUAAGUAUGUUUGCAUCGUGCUGCACUUAAAAUCUUGCACAAGAGGCUGAUGACAUGAUUUUCCUCAGGUGAUAUUGAAUUUUAUGUGAUGAAUUGUCUUAAUGUGAUGGGUAUAUUGCAUUUCCAGUGAAUGCUACUGUAUUUUGAUUUUAUCUCAUGCAUAAUUUGUAGCUGUGAACAUUUCACAAAGUGCAAUAUAGAGUUGUGGAUGCAUCUUGUGACACAGUCAAUAUGUGUAUUGAUAUUUUCCAAGUUUUUUUUUUAAAAGCAUAGACUUUUCUGUUCACCAUGGAUGGCACAAUUUCAUGCCUUCAAAUAACCAUUGGCAUCAUUGAGCUCUUUCACAUACACCGACCACAAUAAAACUGUGUUCAUGACCGCCGUUGUAACCACAGCUCUCCUUUUCAGUUACACAUGUUUAUGACACCAACGGAGUAAGAAGUGCUCAGCACUAUUUAUGUGUUCAGACAGGCUGACUUCUGUGGUGAAAAUACAUACUGCAAAAUAGUACUAAAACAACCAAUGAGCAUGAGUCUCCAUGACUAUCAAGAGCCAAAUUAAUUGAAGGACACAGCUUCAGGUUGUCUUGUCAUUCAUUGGAAAAGUCUUGUGUACAACAGAGCACCCUUAGGAAUACAUGAUCUUGUGCUGUCCUUGGCAGAUGUGGAAAAGUCAGUGCAUCUGAAGGAGGUUCAAAGUGUUGCAUAAUAGAGAAAGAUUGUCGCUUGUGGUGCUUGGUAAGAUAUGGUCACUGUCUUCAGGGUUGCAGGGCUUCACUUGUCCAAGGUGUUAAGAUACAAUUUAAAGUAUUAUGAAUUCUCAUGUCAAAGUAAUUCCCAUGUAAGUUAAUUCCCCCAAGGUAGUGAAAUGUUCAAUUGAGUAAUGAAUUCAGUAUGAGAAAAAUAGCAGCUGUGUAGAGGUUGAUGCUCUACAUUUAGCCCCUAAAAUAUAGCCAAAAAAUAUUUGACCUGCCUAAAUAUAAUAUGCGGUAUGUGUGGCUGUGUCAUGUAUAAAGUCUUGUUGUAGAGUGAAACUGAUAUGUAAAAAAAUGUACAUAUUGUUGAAGGUUUAUACCAUAAUCAUUAAAAAUAAUUUGAAAAGAC